UCUCUGGGCCACCUCAGAGGCGGAGCUUGGCUGCACCCACGUGUGGUGGAGUUAAAUACUCAGAUCCCACACCCGCUGGGGCAGAGAAGCUAGAAGCGGCACCAUGGCUGGCAAGAAAGUCUGCAUUGUCGGCUCCGGAAACUGGGGCUCAGCCAUUGCCAAGAUCGUGGGUAGCAAUGCGGCUCGGCUGGCACACUUUGACCCACGGGUGACUAUAUGGGUGUUUGAGGAAGACAUCGGGGGCAGGAAGCUAACUGAGAUCAUCAACACGCAGCAUGAGAAUGUUAAAUAUCUGCCAGGGCAUAAGCUGCCCCCCAAUGUGGUGGCUGUCCCAGAUGUUGUCCAGGCUGCAGCAGAUGCUGACAUCCUGAUCUUUGUGGUGCCCCAUCAGUUCAUUGGCAAGAUCUGUGACCAGCUCAGGGGCCACUUGAAGGCCAAUACUAUUGGCAUAUCUCUUAUUAAGGGGGUAGACGAGGGCCCCAACGGACUGAAGCUCAUCUCUGAAGUGAUUGGGGAACGCCUUGGCAUCCCCAUGAGUGUGCUGAUGGGGGCCAACAUUGCCAGCGAGGUGGCUGAUGAGAAGUUCUGUGAAACAACCAUUGGCUGCAAGGAUUCUGCCCAGGGACAGCUCCUGAAGGAGCUGAUGCAGACACCUAACUUUCGCAUCACUGUGGUACAAGAGGUGGACACAGUGGAGAUCUGUGGGGCCUUGAAGAAUAUAGUGGCCGUUGGGGCUGGCUUCUGUGAUGGGCUUGGCUUUGGUGACAACACCAAGGCGGCAGUGAUCCGGCUGGGGCUCAUGGAGAUGAUCGCCUUUGCCAAGCUCUUCUGCAGUGGCUCUGUGUCCUCCGCCACCUUCCUGGAGAGCUGCGGCAUUGCUGAUCUUAUCACUACCUGCUAUGGAGGGCGGAACCGAAAGGUGGCAGAGGCCUUUGCUCGCACUGGAAAGUCCAUUGAGCAGCUGGAGAAAGAGAUGCUGAAUGGGCAGAAGCUGCAGGGGCCCCAGACAGCCCGGGAGCUCCACAGCAUCCUCCAACACAAGGGCCUGGUGGACAAGUUUCCCUUGUUCACUGCUGUGUACAAAGUGUGCUACGAGGGUCAGCCAGUGGGUGAGUUCAUCCGCUGCCUGCAGAACCACCCAGAACACAUGUGAGUGGGGCCAGGGCCCAGGACAGGCAGCUCCUUUGCCUCAACGGAGACAAGCAGAAGCUGUGACACCUGUCAUCAGAGUGCUCUCCAGGACUCCCCAGCCAGCAGGGUGCUCACUGGAGGACACUGAGGACGGGAGGUUGUGGGGCUUAGCUCCACACCUGGAGAUACUGAACGGCCCACAGAGCCUCCUGAAGAAUCGGCUGGCUCACUGGCCUCUGGGAAGCUUAGAAUCAAGCCCCAGGGCUGCCUGCUCCAGGGGCAGGGUGGGGGGAAGGGAAGGUGCGGGGUCAAGGGCUGCCGAUUGCUGCCUCACACACACUGGGAAUGUAUCCCAAGCCCCACUAGAUGACUGAAGAACUAGCCGGGCAUUGGUAGCGCACGCCUUUAAUCCCAGCACUCGGGAGGCAGAGGCAGGCAGAUCUCUGUGAGUUCGAGGCCAGCCUGGUCUACAAAGUGAGUUCCAGGACAACCUCCAAAGCCACAGAGAAACCCUGUCUCAAAAAACCAAAAAAAAAAAAAAAAAAAAAAAAAAAAAGACUGAAGAAGUGCUUCAGCCACAGGAAGGCAAAGGCUGCCAAGGGAAGGGUCCGGGCACCUGAGCUGACAGACCCCAGUGGCUGACCUCUGCGAGGCCCCACGCAGAUCAGUGAUCUUAGUGUUUGUUAGCAAAAUACAAAGACCUCAAACAA